AUGAGGGAUAUGAGGAACUACCCAUCAGCAGGAGGCCAUGCUGCAGAUCCAUGGUGCUACGGCCCCGGCGACGCCGACGCUGCCGCCGCCGCCGGCCGCGACACCACGGGCUUCCCCCUCGACAUGAUCGCGGACUACUCCACGGAUGAUCUCUUCGAGCUGGUGCGGGAACAAGAACAAGGAGGAGGAGACGGCGGCGCACCGGGGUUGAGGUCGACGACGAUGCGGCCAGUCGCCGCCGAGUCCUGCCUCUGGUCGCCGCCGCCGCCCGAGGUGCGGUUCGAACCGCCGUCGGAGGCCCAGAUGGCGGCGUGGCUCCGCACGAUCGUCAGGGGCGAGGAGCUCGCCGUCAACGACGACGGCGGUGGCCGGGAUGUGCCGGCGGAGAAGGGGUCCAGCGAUAAUGCGUCGACGUCGACGACGGACUCGAAAGAAAAGCAUCCGGCGGUGACGGAAGGGAUGCAGAGACGAAGGCACAAGAUAAACGAGCGGCUCAAGACCCUGCAGCAACUCGUCCCCGGAUGCGACGACAAGUGUUGUCUUCUGAGUUCUGACAUCAUGGAGAUCGUCGGCUUCUUUUCUGUGUGCAAUUUUCAGUCCAACCAGGCCUCGACGCUGGACCAGACCAUCCAGUACCUGAAAUCGCUGCAGCACCAUGUCCAGGCGAUGUCCAUCGGCCCUGCCCGUCCGGCGGCGGCGGCGGUCCCUGUCGUGCCACCGCAGUACGCGCCUCCGGGGGCGCCGCCGGUGAUGCCAGCAGCUCCGGUGGUCCUCGCCGCCUCCGCUCAGACGACGAUGGUUCCCUUCGGUGCCAUGCUUCAGACGAUGCCACACUACCCUGCUGCCGUGCCGGUGAUGAUGCCUGCACCCGCGGCGCCCCUGUCGUACUCGUACCCGGCGGCGCCUCCUCCGAGGGCGGCGGCGGUAGCGCCGGGAGGUGCCGGGUCGUCGUCUGCCAGCCAUCGACAUGGCUCAAGCAGCAGAAAGGGAAAGGGCGGUAGGAGCCUGCGCCAUAAACACUGA